UACACAAUCACGUACAAUUCAAAGACACUUUUAUUUUGAUGUACAAUUUCCCCAUCAAAAAGAAACAAAAAAAAAACCCAAAAGUCACAGCCCAAACCUUCUCUCUCUCUGUAAAGCUUUCACAACAAACAUACCCUCAACAAGAAAUUGUUGUGAUCGAUUAUUAUUUUUUUCAAUCAGUUUGAAAUUUGAGGAUUAUCGUGAUUGUGGAAUUGUACGGAUACGUGUUCUUUUCUGUUUUCUUGUGUAAAUUUGGUGUAUGUAUAAUUGAUGAUGAUGGAGAUACCGGAGAGUGGGAGAGCGGUGGCGUUGGAAUUUCCGGCAAGUGAAACGCCGUCGUUUUCUCGUGUGCCGAGGAGGAUUCGCAAGAGGCUUCUUUCCGAGUGCAAGACUCCUACUGUUGAAGAAAUCGAAGCCAAGCUUCGACACGCCGAUCUUCGUAGACAGCUAUUCUAUGAAAGUGUGUCAAGCAAGGCAAGAUCAAAGCCGAGAAGCCCCUCCAGAUCCUCAUCAAAUGAGGAAGACCUUGGUCAGCGCCUUGAAGCAAGGCUCCAAGCCGCUGAGCAGAAAAGGUUGAGCAUUUUGGCAAAGGCUCAGAUGCGCCUAGCCAAGUUAGAUGAGUUGCGGCAAGCAGCAAAAACUGGGUUAGAAAUGCGUUUUGAGAAGGAACGUGAGAAGCUUGGUACGAAAGUUGAAUCGCGGUUUCAGCAGGCAGAGGCAAAUAGAAUGCUUAUUCUUAAGGCUUACAGCCAGCGAAGGGCAAAUCUAAAGGAGAGAUCAUCGCAAUCAUUGUUACGAAGGAUGGCUAGAGAAAGUAAAUAUAAGGAGUGUGUGCGUGCUGCUAUUCAUCAAAAGCGUCUAGCUGCUGAGAAAAAGCGACUGGGACUGCUGGAAGCAGAGAAGAAGAAAGCACAUGCUAGGUUUUUGCAAGUUCGACGAGUGGCUAAGUCCAUCUCUUAUCAGCGUGAGGCUGAGAGAAGGAGAAUGAGAGAACAGUUGGAAGAUAGACUGCAAAGGGCAAAGAGACAGAGAGCAGAGUACUUGAGGCAGAGAGGAAGAGCCCAAAAAUCUGUUCGAGUGAAUUGUACUAGCAUGCAAGAGCAGGCUGAACUGUUUUCUAGAAAAGUAGCAAGGUGCUGGAGGCGGUUCCUUAGGCAGAGAAAAACUACUUUAGACCUGGCAAAAGCCUUUGAUUCCUUGAAAAUUAGUGAGAAUUCUGUUAAGGCAAUGCCAUUUGAGCAACUUGCUCUUCUGAUAGAAUCAGUUACUGCCCUGCAAACUGUUAAAGCUUUGCUUGAUCGAAUUGAGAUCCGUGUUAAGGCCUCUAGGGUAGUCAAUGCUACUGAUUGUCUAUCCAGUUUGGAUAACAUUGAUCAUCUUCUUAAAAGAGUUUCUACCCCGAAGAGAAGGACUACUCCCAGGACCUCCAUGAGCAGCAGAGAGGCUAAGAGAAUUGUCUCAGUGGGGGAGGCUGCUAAAAGUCUUGCUAAAUUAUCAAGGUAUCCAGUCAGAGUAGUUCUUUGUGCAUACAUGAUAUUGGGUCGUCCUGAGGCAGUUUUUAGUGGUCAGGAAGAGCGAGAGAUUGCUUUGGCCAAGUCUGCAGAAGCAUUUGUUCGAGAGUUUGAGUUGUUGAUAAAGAUUAUUUUAGAGGGUCCCAUACAGAGUUCUGAUGAAGAAUCUGAGUCUGCAUUGCCUAAACAUUUGACCUUUAGGUUACAGCUUGCAGCAUUUGACAAAGCAUGGUGCUCCUACCUGAAUUGUUUUGUGGUGUGGAAGGUUAAGGAUGCUCAGUCAUUGGAGGAGGACUUGGUAAGAGCGGCAUGCCUGCUUGAGCUCUCCAUGAUUCAAAAGUGCAAGUUGACUCCAGAAGGAGAUAAUGCUACUCUUACUCAUGAUAUGAAGGCUAUUCAAAGACAGGUUACAUUAGAUAAAAAACUUUUAAGGGAGAAAGUGCAACACUUGAGUGGAGAUGCUGGGAUUGAAAGAAUGGAAUGUGCACUAUCUGAAACACGGGCAAAAUUUUUUCAAUCUAAGGAAAGUGGGAGCCCAAUGUGGUCACCAGUUAUGCCCUUCUUAUCUCCAAACACACAUGGUUCCCCCAUUUCUACUGCUAGAACAGAUAAUCAUAGUGAUCUGACUCAGAUGCCAAACCGUGUUGCCCGCACUCUGUUUAAGGAAAAUGGCACAUUCCCAUCCAAAAAUUCUGGCUCCUCUUUGUCUAGCAGCAGUCAUUCAGAUGCUCAGUUGGGUUCUUCUAUUGAAAGGCAGCUGAUCACUGAAAAUGAAUUGAUUGUUAAUGAAUUUCUUCAUGAGCAGCGUGAUUUUGUGGAUAGCUUCAGUGUCACUGACGAAGAUCUAAACAACAUAAAGGCAAAAAUAAGAGAAAUCAUGGAGAAGGCUUUCUGGGACGGGAUCACGGAAUCUAUGAGGCAGGAGGAACCCAAUUAUGACCGAGUUAUUGAGCUUGUGAGGGAAGUGAGGGAUGAAAUUUGUGAGAUGGCUCCUCAGAGUUGGAGAGAAGAAAUAAUUGAUGCUAUUGAUCUGGAAAUUCUCUCCCAGGUGCUGAAGUCGGGCUGCCUGGAUAUUGAUUAUCUUGGAAGGAUUCUGGAGUUUGCAUUGAUCACUUUGCAGAAGCUGUCCUCUCCAGCCAACGAUGAUGUAAUGAAGGCUGCUAACCAGAGGUUAUUGAAAGAGUUAGCUGAGAUAUGCGAAGCCAGAGAGAAGCCAAAUCAUUCUCCUGCUCUUGCAAUGAUCAAGGGUCUACGUUUUGUCCUAGAGCAGAUUCAGGAUCUCAAGCGAGAGAUAAGCAAAGCUCGUAUAAGAAUGAUAGAGCCAUUGUUAAAGGGACCUGCUGGUUUGGAUUACCUUAGGAAAGCUUUUGUUAACCGGUAUGGGUCUCCUUCUGAUGCUUACACUUCUCUACCAUUGACCACGCGGUGGCUUUCAUCUGUGUGGAACUGCAAAGAUCAAGAGUGGGGAGAACACCAAAAUUCUCUGUCAACUUUGAAGGCAGAUGCUAGUUCAUCUCAGGGGCUUCUUACUUCCAUCACCCUUAAAACUGGUGGAAGCUAUAAUUCUGCAAAUGCAGGCCAAAUGACCAUUGUCAACCCAAAUGUCUCUAAUAUUACAGGUUAUCAACAACCAGAAUGCAAGGGAGAGAGAGUUGACGUACUGGUGAGGCUUGGUUUGCUAAAGUUAGCUAGUGGAGUUUCUGGUCUAACUCCAGAUGCUUUGCCCGAAACCUUCAUGCUUAACCUCUCUAGAUUGAGGGGUGUUCAGGCUGAGAUUCAGAAGAUCAUUGUAAUAUCCACAAGCAUUCUUAUUUGUCGUCAAACCCUCUUAAGCGAGCAAGUAGUAGCUAGCCCUACAGACAUGGAAAGCAUAAUAUCAAAAUUUACUGAACAGCUCUUGGACCGUAUCGAAGAUGUAGGAAUUGAAGGGAUUGUUGAGAUAAUCAGUAGGUUCUCAAGCGGUGGUGACAAAGUAACAGGUGACGAGAAGCUUCAAACGAGGAAAGUUGUGAUGGCCAGGAUGCUAGCAAAGAGCAUGCAGUCUGGAGAUGCAGUAUUUGAAAAGGUAUCCCGUGCUGUCUAUUUAGCUUUUAGAGGGAUUGUGCUUGGGGGGAGUGAUACCCAUGGUAUAAAGUUGGCAGAAAUCGCCCUCCGGCAAGUUGGCGCUGGCUCCCUAACCGAAAGGGUCGUGAAAGCUGCCGAGAUAUUAGUGGUUGCAGCUGCAGUUUCCAUCGGCGUCCACGGGCCAUGGUAUAUGAACUUGAUUCGUAACAUGUGAUUGAUUUGUAGAUUGCCGAAAAAGAAUGUGAAGACAAUAACAAACACCCUGUAAAUAAUGUGUGGAAGGCUUGCAUUUAACUCUAGUGGACAGAGAAUUGUAGAUGGAAUUUAUGGUGUAUGUUGUAAAUAGUGUUUAGGUUAACCAUUUGGCUCUUCUUCCUUUUCACUGGGAAAGCCUAAUGCAAGAUGAAUAAAUAAUAUCAAUAAUUAA